AUGGGUGCAGCGGAGUUUGCAGUGGCUCCGCAACCUGUUUUCGUGGAGUUUAACGCCAAGAUCACUCCUGUUGUUAUCUUUUACUCUAUAAUGGUUUCCACUGGAGGCCUCAUGUUCGGUUAUGACAUUGGCAUUUCUGGAGGAUUAACGUCAACACCUUCAUUCUUGAAGAAAUUCUUUCCGUUGGCAUUCGAAAUGGCCCAAAAACGAGAAAAAGAGAACAACAAUUACUGCAAAUACGAAAAUCGAGGCUUACAAGUCUUCACCUCUGCUUUAUAUCUCACCGCUUUAACUUCCACUUUCUUAGCCUCUCACACCACCAGACACAUGGGUCGCAAGAGAACCAUGCUUUUCGGCGGACUUUUCUUCAUCGUCGGAACCAUUCUCAGCGCCGCCGCCUCCUCCUACCCCAUCCUCAUUCUCGGGAGAAUCUCUCUCGGCUGUGGCGUUGGCUUCGCCAGCCAAGCCACUCCCCUCUUUCUCUCUGAAAUAGCCCCCACCAGAAUCCGUGGAGCUCUCACAAAUCUCUUCCAAUUCAACGUCACUCUCGGCAUUCUCUUCGGCAAUUUCACAAUUUAUACUACAUCCAGGCUUCAAAACGAAUGGGGAUGGAGGUUGUGUCUGGCUUUAGCAGGGGUUCCUGCUCUGCUUUUUACUGUUGGAACAAUCUUGGUGGAAGAUACUCCCAACAGUUUAAUCGAACGUGGGCAUUUGGAAAGAGGAAAAUUGGCGUUGAUACAAAUCAGAGGCACUGAUGAUAUCGAAGCGGAGUAUUUGGAGAUUGUGAAAGCAAGUCGUAUUGCUCAAGAAGUAGAAUACCCAUUUGCUGAUCUUCUCAUGGGCCAAAACGGUCCACCAUUAGUUAUUGCAAUUAUGUUUCAAGUCUUCCAACAAUUCACUGGAAUCAACGCAAUCAUGUUAUACACUCCACUUCUUUUUAAAACAUUAGGCUUCGGCAACAAUGCGCCUCUAUACUCUGCUAUCAUAACAGGGGUCGUUAACGUCCUUGCUACAUCCAUCUCCAUUUACUCCGUGGACAAGAUCGGUCGACGAAUGCUGUUAUUAGAAGCUGGAGUUCAAAUGUUCAUCUCGCAAACCAUCAUCGCAAUUAUACUUGCGCUUAAAGUCCAAGAUACUACAAAUACUUUGUCGCACGGGAUGGCGAUUGUGGUUGUGUUAAUGUUAUGCACUUUUGUUUCGUCUUUCGCUUGGUCUUGGGGUCCACUUGGAUGGUUGCUUCCUAGUGAAACUUUUCCAUUGGAAACGCGAUCUGCUGGGUUAAGCGUUACGGUUUGUGUUAAUAUGAUGUUCACUUUUUUGAUAGCGCAAUCUUUUCCAUCGAUGCUUUGCCAAAUGAAAUUUGGGAUCUUCUUGUUCUUCUCUGGUUGGGUGUUGGUGAUGUCGUUGUUCGUGUUCUUUUUGCUGCCGGAAACAAAGGGUAUUCCUAUUGAAGAGAUGACGGAGAGGGUGUGGAAACAACACUGGUUUUGGAAUAAAUUCAUGGAUGAUGGGGUUCAGGAGAGUGAGGAUUCAGAUUAAACUGUACUAUUGGUGAGUACACAACAACUAUAACCUUCCAUUUCAUUUCUUAUUUUGUUAGUUAGCUUCCAGUUUUGGGGUAGAUUCUACUAUCAUGUAGAAUUUACAAAAAAAGAAAUUAUGGAGCAUAAUCUUGACAUUGUAUAUGGUCCUUGUUCCACGAUAUUUGUGUACAUAAUGGAUUAUAAUAAGGG